UACAGAAGUCAGUCCAGUCACUUUUAGGCAGCCUUUGGAGUAGGAACAAAAUAUUUGAAAAUUUAACAGAUUAUAAUAUUAUUUUCUAUUGAAAAAAGAAAAAAGGAAGCUCGCAUCUAUCCUGCUUGUUUGUUACUUCUACGCAAACUUUUUGUGAAUCAAAAACGAAACAAAAAUGCCUUGCAUUGGUUGUGAAAAGGACUGCAAAUGCACUCCCGAAAAGUGCUGUGACAGCUGCAAAUGCCAGAAGCCUGGAAAAUGUGGCUGCAAUCCAGUCAAUGCCCCCGUAUCAGGUGGAUGCUGCAAGAAGAAGGAUGACUCAGCAGCGCAGGGCCAGUGCUGUGGCAAUGGGGACAAGAAGUAAAAGGCAAACAUUUACACAAAUCGAGCAGCUUCAUUCUUC